UCUGCCCGAGUGAGAAGAGUACAGACGAUAUAGCAAGUGAACGUUCCGCUUGGUCUCCCAAACGUAACGUCCAAGGGGUGUGCUUGCAUUACUGAUCUUAACGCAGCAUGAUAGAGAUGAAAUUGAGUUUUUUAUUUUUGUGAGUUGCGACGUUUGGGUUGGUGGCGGGAGGAGCGGUGGGCAUGGCGGGCCGAAAGCAGUGACGAUUCGUUUAGUAGACAGUUGACAGUCGCCACGCCAUACUGACAUUCUGAUACCACUGAUAACAAUUUUCUAUAGAUGAAUAUUUUUUGCUGAUAUUCCCGUAUGGUGGCGUUUGGAUACACGACAUUGAACUCAGUGGAUUUGUUACGAGGAAGUGUUUAUAGUGAAGUGUUGUGAUUGUUAAAAUGACUGUAAAGAAGUUGUGUUGACUGUACGUCAGUGGAAAACUGAAAUUAAAUUGAAAGAUAUAAUGACGCUGCUGUUGGAAGUAAGCACAAUAGCUUCGGGAAGCAGUUAUAUCAAUUCCAAUGCGUAAACGAAAAUGUUAACGCAUGAGGCCAAACGGAAGGCAGAGUCGUCACGUAAAUGAUCGCGCAUUGGUUGUUACGCGUCACCGGCACCGGCAGCGAUGCAAGAGAUAUGCAACACCGCGCUGCCGCUGGACAGUAACCCGCUCGUGCGCAAGAUAAAAUGCGAAGAGUUCCCCGCCAUCAGAGGGAAGCAGCCCGUCAGAGGCAUGGGGGUACGCGAUGAGAUGGAGGAGGAGUUCGCCGUGAAGAGCAGGAGUACGCCGCCCAUGGGGCCCGCACCCGACCGCAUGGAGCAUGGCGGCAACGGCUUCUGGCUGGCCGCCGUCACCGCCGCCGGCGCGCCGCACCCCAUGCUCGAGACCUGCACCGAGACCGGCUUCAUCAACAGCCAGCCGUCCAUGGCCGAGUUCAUGACCGCGCUGCCGCAGCUCGGCGGCGGCGAGCUGAGCCCGCAACACACGCCGCCCGGCUACGUGCCCGACCUUCCCUCCCCGGGCGGCGGCCUCAACGUCCCCGAAUACCCUUGGAUGAAAGAGAAAAAAACCACGAGAAAAAACAGCCAGCAAGAGAAUGGUCUGCCACGAAGAUUGCGGACAGCCUACACAAACACGCAACUUCUGGAGUUGGAGAAGGAGUUCCACUUCAACAAGUAUUUGUGUCGCCCGAGACGAAUCGAGAUCGCGGCCUCCUUAGACCUUACCGAAAGACAGGUAAAGGUUUGGUUCCAAAACCGACGCAUGAAACAUAAGAGACAAACGCUAACUAAAAGCGAGGAUGGCGACGACAAAGACUCGACCACAUCCGAAGGUGGGAAGAGCUCCAAAAUGGGACUGGAUAAAUUCCUUGAUGACGACGGACCCCUGUCGGGGAAGAAGAGCUGUCAGGGGUGCGAACUGCCACCCGGAGCGCUAUGCUCGCCUGCAGAAGAUCUGCCGGAGCUUGCCUCUCGUACACGCAACAACAACACGCCUAGCGCUACCAAUAAUAACAGUUUUGCGAGUGACGGUGCUUCCAGCGUCGCUUCCUCCUCCUCGCUCGAUAAGCUAGCAGAGGACGACUCGCGUGACGCUCAUCCGCCGGGCGCAUCCGUCGUCGCACCUCCUCGAAGCCUAGCCAAGAGAAUUAAACAAGAAUCAAGGAAACGCUCACCGUCACUAGACGCCACGGCGUGCAAAAUCUCACCGUCGUCUUCAAAGGAUGGCCUCGGCUCAGUCGGACUACCGGAUGGCGCUAAAUACUCGUCAGUCAGCCUCACACCUUCCUCGACCCCGGGCACACCGUCUAGCAUGCACCAGAGUCCUCUCGGCCACUACCCGAGACCGUCGCCCCCGAACGCGCCUCCUGGUCCGCCUCAUCCUCAAGCAGUACCUAACGCCAUGCCGUCAUACGUCAUAAGGGGCAACGCACCCCCGGGACAAUUUGUGCCUCACCCCGACUUCCGCAUGGACUCAAAACAAUUUGUAGGGAAAAUAAGCCAGUAUCCUCAGAGUAGUAGAAACUACGACAAUUACGGAGUAGCGGUGCAUGCCGAGCAGCACGCGUACGCACGGAACCAGCAACACGCUAGACAGGAGAGCUCCUCAUCAGGAAGACCCGUUAACGGUAUCGCGUCCCGGCAAGCGUACCCUCACGAAAUGUAUCAAAACUAUGGAUACCCAGCGGCGUACGGAAAGGAUCAAGUCGGAUACGGACACCCGGGAUACGACCAGACCCAAGGCUAUCCGGCUGAAGCCAUGGCUUAUGCUAAUAGCCAUUACGGGUACCAUUACCACGAGGGCUCACAGCACGAGCACCCGCACGGUUAUUAUGGAAGCGAGGCACAAAAGAAUUCACAUGGAAAUGAGUACGCCAAAGGUGGGUACUACGAGGCAAGCGGUGUGUACGCAGGGCAGCAGCCAUCAGCAGCCGGCGGGGCUCAGUAUACCGCGGGCGGUGCGGGCGGUGCGGGCGGUGCGGGUGGAGAGGGUUACGCGGGGGAGUGCGGCGAGGGCUACGGCUCCUUCCAGCAGUUCUAUGAGGCGACGCACGCGGCGCCCGCCGGCGCCGGCGAUAACUCCAACUCAUCCUCGGACUUCCAUUUCCUGAGCAACCUCGCCAACGACUUUGCCCCGGAGUACUACACUAUAUGAGACAAGGACUUCGCCGAGCAGGCGAGCGAUCUGUUCGUGUAACACGUAGUGCCCUAUGGCUAUGGGCCUUAGCACUGGGGCGCCAAUCGUUUCCUCUUAUUCAUACGCCUCCAGUAUGUACACGAGGUAAUUACAGUAAUCGCCCCAGCUCUCGCUGCGUGACCUAUAGCGAACGGCAAUUAUUAUAAUGUACAAUAAAAGGCUUAUAAUUAAGGGAUAUGGUGUCUACAUACAUAGACCGACGUGUAGAUUCGCCUAAGGCAGUGGUUAAUAUUUAAGGCUUAAAGGUACGUUAAUGUAAUAAAGUGUACAUACCUAGUAAACUACUUAUUUUAGGAGUUUCAAUACCUUGUAAUACAUAUUUUUAACGUAUAAUAUUGCGUAAUUUAGGUGCUGAUAUCAGUCGAUAUUUGGGAUAAAAAUAAUCUUGGUAGAUAAUUGAUCACCGCAUACAAAACGUAUUUAAGUGUUAAGCUGGAUUUAACUUUGUACGCUAAAGCGCGCUGCACACUUGUGGGAAUCUGU